AUGGAUCCGACGGCCGGGACAGGUUCCUCCACCAAGAAGAUCCCUAGUUGGAUGGUAACGGAGCUGCCAAUGCUAUCGACGGAGGCCAACCGCUUGCCACAGAUCCCUAGUUGGAUGAUAAGGAAGCCGCUAAUGCUAUGUAUGGAGGCCGGCCGCUCUGGCAAGGCCGCCGCCGCCGCCACCGCGGACGCCAUGGAGCAGAGCUGCUCGGUGUGCCUCAAGAAUUUCGAGAAGGACGACUGCAUCUGGUCGAUGCCCUGCUCCCACACUUUCCAUCAGCUCUGCAUCUUGGGCGACCGCUCCUGCAGGGUCUGUCACCCAGCUGCUCCGCCGUCCACCGACGAGAAACCGGAAGCCCCUCGGACUAUGCAUUGA